GGGCUGAGCUGGAGGGACUCGGCUUGGCAAGGGUUAAAGGGAAGUGAGCUGCCUUCCUAGAGAGGCCAGGAAGCAGGGGGGGGCCAGGUCCUCCAGAGCCAAGGCCCCUCCCUCCCCAGUCCUUUCCUGCUUUGGUGUCUCUCCUGCAAGGGCUGCCUCGCUGUCCCUCCUGGGAUCUGGUGAGUCUCCUCUCUCUCUGGGAUCUGGUGGGGGUCCCAGGGCUGCAGCAGGGGAGGGUGCCUGGGGGGCCUGAUCUGCUCAUGUGGGGGGGGGGACCCCAAGUCAGGGAGGAGAGGGUCCUGCCAGGGAGGGGCCAGGUCUGCCACGCUCUCCUUCCUGCAGAUCAGAGGAUCCCUGACUCCCACGAAAUCUCCCUUCUUUAAACAAAGGAGUCCCUGGGACUUUAACUCUGUGUGACGUCGCUCAGCCUCAUUGCACAACCGAGGAAACAUGUGCAAAUGGUUUUCCAAAGCUGGAGGAGGAGGUGAGCACUAGCCCCCCGGAAAAAAAACAAACCACGGGGAGGGAGGAAGGAAAAGUAGGAAAGAGAGGCCAGGAAUAAAGAGAGGGAUCCCAGGCCAUAGUCUGGCUGCUGCAUUGCAAAACAGUUUGUGUUAAGCUAUCUAAUAGAAUAAUAAUAAAUCCAAAAAUCAAGGGAGAUGUCUUUGGCCCCGCCCACUUGGCCCUCAGGGGGUUGGUCAGAUACAUUCCUGGCCCUCAGAAGAGAGAGAAAGAGAUCUCACCCCACGAAUCUGUCUGGACAGCGGCAGAGAUUGCAGAAAAGGGGACAGAAGCAGGGAGUGGAGGUGGGGUGAGGGUGGGGCUGAAGAAGAAGAAGAAGAGUUUGGAUUUGAUAUCCCGCUUUAUCACUACCCUAAGGAGUCUCAAAGCGGCUAACAUUCUCCUUUCCCUUCCUCCCCACAACAAACACUCUGUGAGGUGAGUGGGGCUGAGAGACUUCAGAGAAGUGUGACUGGCCCAAGGUCACCCAGCAGCUGCAUGUGGAGGAGCGGAGACGUGAACCCGGUUCCCCAGAUUACGGAUCUACCGCUCUUAACCACUACACCACACUGGCUCUCAACUCCCGAGGACCCCCAGGUCAGGACCCCCACUAGAGAAAAGCAUCCAUUUAUCACAAGAUACAAAUGACUCCCUUGUCAUUCGGUUCUGGCUUCAUGCAUUGACUGGAAGGAUGGAGAAACCAGGAUGAUUAAUCUGACAGAAAUCCCUUCAGUUGCCUCCACAUUCUGCAUUGCUAGAAGGCUAGAGAUUUAUUUCUUCUCCUCUUCCUCCUCCUCUUUCUUUUCAAAAAGAUAUCUCAUGGUCUGGGAUGCGGCGCACUUCAGCCCUGGUUCCCAGCAAGACUCAUCCAUACUUGCUCAGGGAACCAUCCCCCCCCCCCCCCCGUCCUACAAAUUCUGUAACAGAACAAUGUAUUUGCUUUGUAGGAUUUGCUGCAGCUUCUCAUUUAGACGGACAGAACUUGGCAGAAGACCAAAGGGUUCCUUCUGAUCUCUCAGAGGCUUCCUGAGAGCACAGAUGGAUGAGCAAGACUCAGCUGGCCCUGGAACAGGAAGAGGCCAUGCCAACCAAACUGGGAGCAGUGGGGGUUUUUGGGAAAACUCUGUGCAGAAGAUCCAUGGUGAGGUGGACACCCUCCGCUCAGAGGUGCAGAGCCAGCAGUUGAGGCAGUUCUGCUGCCAGGAGGCCAAAGGACCCCGAGAGGUUUGCAGCCGACUCUACCACCUUUGCCGUCAGUGGCUGAAGCCAGAAAGGCACACGAAAGCUGAGAUGCUGGACCUGGUGAUCUUGGAGCAGUUCCUGGCUGUCCUUCCCCCGGAGAUGGAGAGCUGGGUGAGGGACUGUGGAGCGGAGACCAGUUCGCAGGCGGUGGCCCUGGCCGAAGGUUUCCUCCUGAGUCAGGCACAGGAGAGGAAGCAGGAACAGAGUAAACAGGUGAGAGAGACUUUCCUCUGGAUACUCCCAAGGGGUUCCAAACAGGACAGAAAACAUCCCAUAAUGGUCUGCUGAUGGCCCAUCUUUUUCUGGGAAAGAAUCGAUGGAAUGAGAUCUCGCACCCUUCAAGUCUUUGUCAUUCUCUUUCUAGUAUUUCUUCCCAUUCUCUGUUUUGAAUCCUUGUUUCUUUCUCAGGGAAAGGAUCUCUUUGCAGAAAUGGACCUGGAUUCCUGUGAGGCAGAGAGGCCUCCGUUGGACACCAGAGAGAGGCCACUGGGUAAGGAGGAAGGUGGUUUUUCUCCACUGGUCUCAUUCUCUUGGUUUUCCAACUCAUCUGAGGAUUCCUUUCAUCUUGUUUUGGGGGGAGACAGUUGGGAACAAGGGUCCAGAGGAGGGGAGAUGUAUUUCUGCACAAACAAACAUAUGAAAUGGGCACAAACCUCCAAAUGCACUCAGCGGGUGAGGCUUUCUCAAAGGCCCAUCUGUAGUUAGAGAUGCCCUGUUUCACCUGUGAGAGAAGCAGGCACUCCUGGCGUCCUGCUUACCUUUUUUCUCUUGCAGGUGGCAGAAGGAUGCCGGCAAGACCUCCUGAUCCGCCUUUUCAUGGGGGCAGAAGGGAAGCAGCGGCUCUGGAACCAGAUCAGGUCAGGGGAAGCUGCCUUGUGGGGACAGAGGCCGAGGGAUGGAGCAAUGUCAUGGACUGGUUGGGCACAGAGGAGUGGUGGGAGGAAGCAGCCUGGGAACCAGGAAGGGAAGAUGGCUCAGAGCCGAAGGAGUGGAGGUGGAGGAAGGAUGAGCGGUCAGAGGGAGAAGAGGGAGAAGUCUGGGAAGAGGAGGUGUCAGAAGCCGAAGGGGAAACAGGGUUCAGUGAGCUGGGAGAUUCUGUGGCAGAAUGCAGUGCAGAAUCAGAGGCAGAAGAGGAAGGAGGCAAGUGGGAGAGGAAGGUCGAGAGGCUGAUGUGAGUCAGGAGAAGGAAGAGCCACCGGUGGCUCCCUCUCCUUUUGCCAGAAGCCACUCUCCCUGCUUGUCGCUCACAGCCAGGAGACCCCCUGCAGUGCAGGAAUCUCUGCUGGAUCAUCCAAGACAGAUGGCCAUUCAAAAUAGGCUUAUUUUAUUUCUAAAUUGAUCACUGAAUGCUAAAAUUGUUUGCUAAGCAGUGGACAAAUGAGAACAAAUAGCGGCCUGGAUUCGCCUAACCAGCCCCAUCGGCUGCAAAAUGGGGCGUGCCUCCAAUUCCUCCCCCUCCCCAUUCCUCCAUGGAUCCCUUGAAUUUGGCUCUAGGGCAUUGGGAGGGGAGGAGAAAGUGGAUCCUUCCAUUGGGGAAACUGGAAUGCUUCCCUAGGCAGAAUGACUUGAAUAAAACAAGGUGGAGUACAACUUAUUUGCACAAAAACGAAUACCCAUGAUUUAAAUUUAGAAUAAAAUAAGCAUCCAUAAAUAAAAUGUGCAGCAAAGCAAUCGUAUUAAAACAACACCACAAUGUACAGGAAGGAAACAACAGAGCAUUGUGGAGCAGAUCAUAUUUCUGCUGUCUCAGAGGAGGACAUUUCCCUUUUUCUUUUAGGGUCCAGUGUGCUUUGAAGAUGUCGCUGUUCGUUUCACGGACGAGGAGUGGGCGUUGCUGGAUCCUGACCAGAGAGCUCUGCAUAAGGACGUCAUGGAGGAGAAUCGUGGGAUCGUGGCCUCUCUUGGUAAGGCUCCCUGUGGGAUCGUCAUAUCUGCCUGGAAAUUCCAAAAAUACCUCUAUGGACCAACCUCAUAAAUUUUCACAGAGCUCAACAGCGCCCCCUAUAACACCCCCACAAUAAACAGUAACUUACAGUUUUUUCUUUGAACAAUCUUCCUCAAAUUAUCCCUUUUUCUACCAUGAUUGGGCUGGUCUCAACUGCCCAGGCCAUCUUAAAUGUCAGCUUCAGAAUUGUUAGGAAAGAUAAGUAGCUUCAGGUUUUCUGUUUCUGUUUUUGCUCCUGUCAGUCUUGGGUUGACCAAAGAGAUGACUGACAUUGGAGAUGGAGGGGAUGCCAUGACUGGGCCAAACAAAAUUCAUCCCAGAGAAGAGCUAGGCUUAUUGAAUUUCAGGUAGAAGUAGCAGUGGUGAUGAUGAUGAUGAUGAUGAUGAUGAUGAUGAUGAUACAGUGGUACCUCAGUUUACAAACUUAAUCUUUUCCAGAAGAGGACUGUUCUUAAAUCAAGGUACCACUGUAGUAAUAAUAAUAAUUUUUAUUUAUACCCUGCCCAUCUGGCUGCGUUCCCCCAGCCACUCUGGGCGGCUUCCAACACACAUAUAAUCAUGAAACAUAAAUAAUAAUAAUCUGAUCCCAUAUAAAGAAAACAUUAACUUUAAAAUGAACAACUUCUCCUAGUGGCCGAAAUUGUGGAAACCUUUUGUGAAAAGUGUAUUUCUGAGGUUUGAUGGCUCAUAACACUACUUUUGUGUGGAGUAAUACCAUAAAAUUAUAUAGUAAUGGAAAGAUAAUGAAGGAUGUAAUGCAAUGAAUUUUAUGAAGGAGUAUUUAUUAGAACAGCAGUCAUAAAGAAAAAACGUGAAACCUUUGGUAACCAUUGGUAACGUUUAGCUUUAAUUACGGCCUUACAACGCCUUCCCAUGAAGUGAACCAAUUUUUAGUUCUGCAGCUGUAAUAAUGUGAAACCAAGACUGAAUUAUUGCCUCUGUUAAUUGGGCUUUAUUGCUGGGUUGCUUCUGAAUAACAAAUUUCUUUAGUCGGCUCCAAAGAUUUCUGAUUGGGUUAAAGUGUGGGCUAUUCCCAGGCCAUUCCAGCAGUGAAAUAUCAUUAUCUUGAAUGCACCUUUUGCACACAGCAGCAACACGACAUAGAGCUGAAUCCUGUUGAAAAUAUAUAAAUGCUUCAGUAUCUGGGAAAAGAUCACCUGCGGAACACUUCAGUUUGGGCUCACGUUUUUCGUUUAUGCAUUUUUCCGCAUUUAUAUUCCCAUUAAUGACGCAAAUUCUGCCCACACCUUUUGCUGCCAUACAACCCCAGAUCAUCACACUGUCUGGGUGUUUCACAGUCAGUGUAAUGCAAGUAGGAUGUAAAUCUUCUCUGAUUCUUCUCCAAUUAAAGAAACUUGCAUAUUUAGUACCAUCACUACCAAGCAAGGUAGUGUCCCAUUGUUCCACUGUCCAGUUAACAUGGGUUUAAUCUUUUCAACCUAUGCUUGAGAGAUAACAAUGGCUUUUUCCUUAGAAUUCUAACAUUUAGACCAGUCCUUGCACUCAACUUCCCAUUACAUUGCGCCAUGUCAUCUUGUAUACACCCAGAUUAUUUUCUUCUGUCUUGUAGGCAAAGUCUCUCCACUCGUCCAUCGUCACUUGCCUUUGUACACCUUUCCCUGCCUUAACAAGUCUGAUUUUGUAGUGACUAAGUCUCCUUAUACCUCUUCAAAAAUAUAGAAAGGCCAACUUUGGUUAAGUUUUCCCCAAUCUCUCUUCUAAUUUCUUCAUAACUGUAGCCUUGUUCACUUAAUAGUACAAUCUUACAUCACUUUCUGGGGACCAUUCAACUCUUUGUGCCAUUUCUAUAAUUUUAUUAUGUUUUAUACCCUCACUAAAUGAAAGAACACAAAAAACCAACCUACUUGAUAGCAAUCACAUAACACACUGACAAAAGUCAACCUAAGCAAGUUGUGCUUCCUUUUUCUGGUUAUUUGGCUAUAACAUUUGAUUAAAUACAGGUAAUUGAACAAACUUUGUUGGAUUGCAUUCUUGAUUGCAUUCUUGAUCAAAUUAUCUUUCCAUUGAUAUAUAAUUUUAUGACAUUACUCCAAAUGAAGUGGUGUUAUAAGCCAUCAAACCUCUGAAAUACACUUUUUUCCAAAAAUCGUCCACAAUUUUCACCCCUACUUUAUAUAAACAAAGCAACAUUCAACAGCUCAUCCGAAUCUCAUAUUAAACAAACAACAUAGGUAAUGAACACACACGCAACUCCCUUCAGUUCUUCUCCAUUUGUUCCUGAGGCUCUAAUCCCUUUUUGUCUCCGAUGCAGAUUGUGAUGAAUUGGAAAUUGAGAACAAAGGUGACCACGAAAAAAUCCCCAGAGAGGAGAAACCACACAAAAAAUUGGAGUGUGGAGAAAGCUGCAGUCAGAGCUCCAAUUCCACUUCCCAUCAACAAAAUCUCAUUGGAAAGAUACUCUAUCAGUGCAUGGAAUGUGGAAAGAGCUUCACUCAUAGCUCCUCUCUCACUUGCCAUCAAAGAAUUCAUACAGGGAAGAAACCCUAUCAGUGUGUGGAAUGUGGAAAGAGCUUCACAUGUAGCUCCAAUCUCACUUCCCAUCAAAGAAUUCAUACAGGGGAGAAACCCUAUCAGUGUGUGGAAUGUGGAAAGAGCUUCAGGAAGAGCUCCAAUCUCACUUCCCAUCAAAGAAUCCAUACAGGGGAGAAACCCUAUCAGUGUGUGGAAUGUGGAAAGAGCUUUAGUCAGAGCUUCUCUCUCACUUCUCAUCAAAGAAUUCAUACAGGGGAGAAACACUAUCAGUGUGUGGAAUGUGGAAAGAGCUUCACUCAUAGCUCCUCUCUCACUUCCCAUCAAAGAAUUCAUACAGGGGAGAAACCCUAUCCGUGCGUAGAAUGUGGAAAGAGCUUCAGCAAGAGCUCCGGUCUCACCUCCCAUCAAAGAAUUCAUACAGGGGAGAAACCCUAUCAGUGUGUGGAAUGUGGAAAGAGCUUCAGUCAGAGCUCCUCUCUCACUUCUCAUCAAAGAAAUCAUACAGGGGAGAAACCCUAUCAGUGCGUGGAAUGUGGAAAGAGCUUCACUGAUGGCUGCUCUCUCACUUCCCAUCACAAAAUUCAUACAGGGGAGAAACCCUAUCAGUGUGUGGAAUGUGGAAAGAGCUUCACAUGUAGCUCCUCUCUCACUUCCCAUCAAAGAAUUCAUACAGGGGAGAAACCCUAUCAGUGUGUGGAAUGUGGAAAGAGCUUCAGGAAGAGCUCCUCUCUCACUCGCCAUCAAAGAAUUCAUACAGGGGAGAAACCCUAUCAGUGUGUGGAAUGUGGAAAGAGCUUCACAUGUAGCUCCUCUCUCACUUCCCAUCACAGAAUUCAUACAGGGGAGAACCCCUAUCAGUGUGUGGAAUGUGGAAAGAGCUUCACAUGUAGCUCCUCUCUCACUUACCAUCACAGAAUUCAUACAGGGAAGAACCCCUAUCAGUGUGUGGAAUGUGGAAAGAGCUUCACAUGUAGCUCCUCUCUCACUUCCCAUCACAGAAUUCAUACAGGGGAGAAACCCUAUCAGUGUGUGGAAUGUGGAAAGAGCUUCACAUGUAGCUCCUCUCUCACUUCCCAUCAAAGAAUUCAUACAGGGGAGAAACUCUAUCAGUGUGCGGAAUGUGGAAAAAGCUUCAUUAAAAACUCCAAUCUCACUUCCCAUCAAAGGAUUCAUACAGGGGAGAAACCCUAUCAGUGUGUGGAAUGUGGAAAGAGCUUCACUGUUAGCUCUAAACUCACUUACCAUCACAGAAUUCAUACAGGGGAGAAACCCUAUCAGUGUGUGGAAUGUGGAAAGAGCUUCACUGAUGGCUCCUCUCUCACUUCCCAUCACAUAAUUCAUACAGGGGAGAAACCCUAUCAGUGUGUGGAAUGUGGAAAGAGCUUCAGGAAGAGCUGCACUCUCACUUCCCAUCACAGAAUUCAUACAGGGGAGAAACCCUAUCAGUGUGUGGAAUGUGGAAAGAGCUUCAGGAAGAGCUGCAGUCUCACUUCCCAUCAAAGAAUUCAUACAGGGGAGAAACCGUAUCAGUGUUUGGAAUGUGGAAAGAGCUUCACUGAUAGCUCCUCUCUCACUUGCCAUCAAAGAAUUCAUACAGGGAGAAACCCUAUCAGUGUGUGGAAUGUGGAAAGAGCUUCAGUCAGAGCUCCUCUCUCACUUCCCAUCACAGAAUUCAUACAGGGAGAAACCCUAUUAGUGUGUGGAAUGUGGAAAGAGUUUCAGGAAGAGCUCCUCUCUCACUUCCCAUCAAAGAAUCCGUACAAAGGUCAGAAAAACCAUUAUACAGCUUUAGGAGCCAGGCAAAUCCACACCUUUUUAACCAGGCCUUUUUCUUAUUGACAUCUAAUGCUAUUUUAACAUGUGAUGUUUUGUGUUUUUAUGUUGUGUUUUUAUGUUCCAAGCAUCCUGAGACGUGUGGGUGUAGGGAAUACAGCCACUCUUAAAUUCCUAGGGGUCUUUGCCCCCCCAUAAAAUAUUUGAGGAGGCCACG